AUGUCGAAGGAGGCUGCCGAAAUGGAUACAACAAGCGCGUCCAAUUCUAAUACUCCCAGCUUUCCAGCAACGCUGAGGGGACGAGAAUUUUACAAGAGUAUUGGAAGCCCGAAAUUUAUCGUGGCGCCUAUGGUGGACAGAUCGGAAUUUGCCUGGCGAAUGCUCACACGCUCUUUUAUGACAAAGGAAGAAUCACACCGUCUUCUCGCAUACUCGCCCAUGUUCCAUGCCCGCUUGUUCAAGGAAACCGAGGCAUUUCGUGUGCAGCAUUUUCAGCCAACACGCCGAGAUAACGAUGCUGGCAAACCAUUUCUUGACGGCAACCCGGCUUUUGACCGACCCCUCUUUGUACAAUUUUGUGCAAACAACCCGGAUGAUUUUGUAGAAGCUGCUCAUCAAGUUGCUCCAUACUGCGAUGCGGUCGAUCUCAAUCUCGGAUGUCCCCAGGGAAUUGCACGCAAGGGCCAUUACGGCGCCUUUUUGCAAGAAGACUGGGAUCUAAUCUAUAAACUUAUCAAUAGACUACAUACGGAGCUGCCCAUUCCGGUGACCGCUAAAUUCCGCAUUCAGGAGACCAAGGAAAAGACUUUGCAGUACGCUAAAAUGAUAUUGUCAGCGGGAGCCAACAUAAUCACGGUUCACGGUCGUACGCGGGAACAAAAGGGACACAAUACGGGAGUGGCAGACUGGAGCUAUAUCAGAUACUUGAGGGACAAUCUCCCACCUGAGACAGUCAUCUUUGCCAACGGAAAUAUCCUGAAUUAUGGUGAUAUCGAGCAUUGCUUAGAAGCUACAGGUGCAGAUGGGGUCAUGAGUGCCGAGGGAAAUCUUUCCGAUCCUACGAUUUUCGGUCAGACGCCUGCAGUUGGCAGCGAAGGGCGGGAAUACUGGCGCGGUCGGAAUGGCAAAGGAGGCUACCGCAUGGAUGCAGUACUCAGACGUUACCUGAAUAUUAUUCACGAAUAUGUUCUUGAGCAACCUGUGCCGGAAAGAAAGCCACUUUUCUUGCCAUCGGACGAAGCCACGACUGCAACGAUAGAACAAAACAAGCUAAGCGAGAGCACAUCAAGCGAAAGCCCACAAGACGGGGCAGUGAACGGAAAAAGGAAGGCCGAAAAUAAUUAUAAUGAUCAUAAUGAUAAAGAAACCGAGCCGCCUACCAAAAAGCAGAAACACGCCAAAGGGAAGAGAGUGGCCGAGCCCAAUCUUGUUGCCAUGCAAGGCCAUCUCUUUCAACUCCUCCGUCCUCUAGUCGCACAAAAAACGCAUAUACGUGAUACUCUUGCAAGAACUCGUUCCGGCGAUAUUGCGUCUUUUGAGCGCAUUCUAAGCAUGGUAGAGGAGGCCGUUAAGGAAGGAAUUACAGAAUAUGAAAGGAAUCCCAGUCACUUUGACAGUCAGCAACAAGACGCCGAUAAGCUGCAAGGAUCCAAGGCCACAAUAGCCGAAUAUGGACGACCCUGGUGGGUUUGCCAGCCGUACAUUCGCCCUCUACCGGAGGAAGCGAUAGCUCUUGGAGCAAUGAAAGUUAGCAAAAAGGACCAGCGCAAGGCCGAGGCUGCUACCAAUGCUUCUGCUAAUGCAAUUGACGAGAAGAUUGAAUCGGCUGCCUCUGCGGUGUCUGCUUGA